AUGCCUGAUUAUAUCUAUCAAACGUAUAUAUCAUUGCCCGAACCUGUAAUGAAAGCAGAUUAUUUUCGUUAUAUUGUUUUACUUGUUAAAGGUGGAAUCUAUACAGAUGUGGAUACUAUUUGUCUUCAACCAAUUGAUACAUGGAUUAAAGGAAUGAUAAUGAAUAGGACAGGAUUAAUCAUUGGAAUUGAAGCUGAUGCAAGUCUAUGGGAUGUUUGGCAAGGUGAUUAUGCUCGACAAAUACAAUUUGUUCAAUGGACAAUUGCUGCUGCUCCUGGACAUCCAAUUCUAUAUGAAAUUGUGAAACGUAUUGGUGAUAUUAGUCGUACUAUGAUACGUGAUAUGACAAGUGAAAAACAAAUUUUAGAAUGGACUGGACCAGCUAUAUGGACCGAUGUUAUAACCAAUUAUGUUUCAAUCAAAUAUGGAUUUUCAUGGCGUAAUUUCAAGAAUUUAAAUCAACCAUUACUUAUAGGAAAUGAUAUUUAUGUAUUACCAAUAACAGCAUUUUCACCAGGACUGAACAGAAUGGGUUCAAAACCUAUGACUGAUCCAGAAGCGAAAGUACAACAUUUCUUUCAAGGUAGUUGGCGUAAAAGCAAUGAAAGACGAUCAGUCAAACGAAAGCGUUCUUCUCAUUAA